AUGGAAGGGGCAGCUGCCGCCGCACACCAGGGGAUCGCCGCCCCUGAUGCCGUGCUCGCCUCCCCGCAGCAGCCGCCCCAGCCGCCACAACAGAUCGACGCCACGACCAGCCCCCGACUCCCUUUGGCGCUGCGGACCGCCGCCACCGUGAUAAACCCAGGAAAACACGAAAAAUACAAGAAGGUCCUUUUCCUAGAUCCCAGCUUCUUCACCGACGAGAUGCACAUGCCGCCGGCAUGGGCCUCCGCUGCUCCACCGCACAAGCCUUGGACUGGGUGGAAUCCCCGAACGGAGAGGUGGUCGACGAACCUCGGCGCCACAGCGCCUCCAUCCACCCCGACGAGAUCAGCCGGCUUGGACAACACCAACAACAUCCCCAAGGUUGUCAACGCCAACGCCGCCAUCACGGCCACCGGCGAGGGGAUCAAACGAGCCGCAACUCCCCGAGCCACAGCCACACCGAGAACGACGGAUUCGGCCUGGAACUCCACCGGAGCCGCCAGAUCGAAGAAGAGCGCCGCCGUCUUCAAAAGGCUUUCCGCCGGCGCCACCUCCUCCGUAGCACCGCCAGCAGCCACCCCACGCACACCUAAACUAUAUACAGGCCGGGAUCCGUUGAUUCCCCGACCUCCCGCCGCCGAAGCGGCCGCCGGAAGCGAGGAAUCCGACGAAUCGCCGGCGGCAAGCUGCGGCGGCCACCCUGCGCUGUUCCAUCUCAGCGUCGACCGCCGCAUGGGCCGCCCGCUCCUCCUCUGCUUCCUUCUCCGCUUCAGCCAGGGCCUCGGCGUCCUUGACCGGGUCGAGGAGGUCGGUGUUGUCGUCGCCGUUCCGGCGGCCCGCCGCCUUUCCCGCCGGCCCGCCGCCGCCUUCGUCUCCAGUCGCCUCCCCCUGCUCAGCGCCUCAGCUCGUCCCCAUCUCUGA